AUGGACGCCACGCCAAGCCCGAUCCAGAGCGAGAUGGCGCGGCGGCUCGACAGCCUCGAGGCCGAUAUCCGCGGCAUGCGCACCAUGGUGUUUGGGCUUGCCGGCUACGUCGACAUGCUGAGCGGCGGCAUGAAGAGCCUCAUCAAGGUCAUCGAGGUCAACCAGCAGCUCUGCCUCCAGGGUCACCUGCGCGACGAGUCGACCGACGCCGACGCCUCGUUGAGCGCAGAGGGUCCCGAGGAGGAGGAGGACGAGGAGGAGGAUGACAAGGACGAGGAGGCAGAGGGAAGGGACGAAGAUCAGGCUAGACCGUCGUCAGUGGUGCGGCCGCCGAUUGUCAAUGAUAGGAUUGCCACGGCAGCACCAGCGCCAGCAGCAGGAGCGGCGACAACGAAGGAUGUGCGGUCGCCAUCGCCACCUCGACCGGCAAAGCGCAAGAGGCCAGCUUCCAGGCACAGCGGCGACACGAGACCCGCAUCCCAGCGGCCACCUCUCCAGGGCCAGGGUGGGGGAGCUGGCCAGCCCGGCGCAACAUCGCACCUCGACCCGACGAGCAAGCUCCGCAAACUGACCACGGAACUGCUCAGCGAGCACCAGCAACACCCCUCGGCGCAUCAAACGUGCCCCGCCCUCGGCCCAUCGGCAACGCGUCAGGAUCAACACCAGCACCAGGGACAGGCCCAGGCCCAGGCCCAGGCCCAGGCCCAGGGUCAUGACCUGGACGCAGGCGAAGGCGAGGGGGAGGGCAGCAACGCCUCGAUGCGCACCGUCGAGCGUGUCCAGUCCUGGCUGCGUCAGCAGCUACAGCACCAGUCGCCCGGCAAUGGUCAGCCAGGCGUCGGGCAGACGGCCGAGGCGCGCCUGGCGCGCGAGACGGAGAAGCUGCGCCAGCUGGCGGCCCAGAAGCACUUUGAGCCGUCGCACAUCGUCGGCGGAUCCAAGCUGGGCAGCAGCCACCAGGAGCUGGACCGCAAGCUCGACGGCAUCGCCCGGCAGACGGCCGGGUGGAUGGACGCCGUGCACCGCGGCGACUUGCGCGCGCUCGCCUCGGCCGCUUCGCCGCCCAUGCCGCCCGCUGCCGAGUUGCCAGGCGCGAGCCGCCACAUCGACUAUACCGAGGGUCCCGACGAGCAGCGGCUUCCGUGGCCGCCCGAGCCGGAGUCGCGGGUCUCACGAGUUGGGCGCGUCGAACGCCCUGCGCAGACAGGAGCGACGGGCACGCAGCAGCAGUAG